AUGUUUCUGCUUCUACUGAAUUCAAAUUAUGUACAUAAAUUUAACUCCUCCAUUUUGUAUAGCAUUUGUGUAGUUGCAAAGAACCUCCUUGUUUUACUCCACCUAGGUGUGUACAUUCUUCACGUUAUCAAAACGUGUCUGUACUGUGUCGUGAAAUUAAUUUUAAUCAAGCCCAUUUCGAUUACAGACAAGGCUUGGUUCUUCCUCCUUAAUUUGUAUAAGUCCCUUUUUGAGAAGUUAUACCAGUACUUUAAGAGCGACCUGUUCGUUGGUGAGUGCAAAGGGGAGCACCGCGAUUUGCAUUCCUACGACGAAAAUUCCUUAGCAAUCCUCCUGCCUUUCAUAAAUGCCUUCAACGAUACUAUCUUGGAAUAUGCCAAAAUCAGAAUCAUAUCGAGGAACAAAAAGAAGGAGGAACUCAUUGCCUUCCCCCUAUACGAGUCGCUCAAGCCGUUUUUCUUUGUCAACACGAAUUACCCAGAUGAGGCGGACGGACUAGCGGAGAGAACGGCUGCUGACGGAACGGCGGCUGACAGGACGGCGGCUGACAGAACCGCGGCGGACGGAGUGGAGCUGGAAGAUGUGCCCUUGGGGGAAGCUCGGGAAGGGCCGGGGGACACCACACACAGAAGACAGGUUGGAGAUGGAAAGGGACAGGCUACAAAUGCGGCGCGUAGAGAACGUCCGGAAAAUACGGAGAAUAUGGAGAAUACGGAAGAUGCGGGAAAUUUGGAGGAGGCCAACCAAGCGGCUAGCGAAUCGAUUGGUGAAGCGGCUUGCGAAGCGAUUGGCGAAGCGACUGACGAAGCGAAUGAACAGAUCGCCUCGAUGAAGACCGCCUCACAGAAGACCGCCUCGCUGAAGAAGAAGUCCAUCCCGAGCGCACCCUUUGCCAAUAAGAAAAACAGCGAAGACACCCCCGUUGAGAAGCACACCUAUGAAUACGCCAAAAGUGCAACCCAGCUUGGACCCAUAAACCAAACGAGGGAAGUGGACGCCCAGAAGGGGGACUACCACUGCUCUGAGCAGCAAGGCGGGAAAGCAAACUCCCCGGUCAAAUGUUACUCCAAAAAAAAACCAGAAGACGAGGAGUUAGCUGUAUCGAUACGAAAUAAUAUCCUCUGUUGUGUACAUGCCCUAAUAAAAAUGUUUUCACAUAUCUAUAUAAACAACUGGGACAAAAUACUCUACUACUACAAUGAGAACAGAAAAAAAUGGAUCCCCAUAUUUUUGACCCUCACGAUGAAUGACCAGAAUCAGAAGAUCCGAACGAAUUCGAUUUUGUGCCUCAAGUACCUCUUCGACUGCAAACAACUCAAGUACUGGUUUUUGCUGAAGGAGGGGAGUUACGGCGGCCCCCCGCUUGGCAGCCAUGCUAGCGGUCAUGUUAGCAACCACGUCAGCAACCACGCCAGCAACCACGCCAGCAACCACGCCAGCAACCACGUCAGCAGCCACCUUAGCGAUCAUGUUACUAGCCAAGUUGGCUUCCCCCCGAGCUAUCCCACCGGAGGAACGAGCUCACACGAAGCGACCUCCUCCGCGGAAUGCCCACAUCACCAGAGGAAUAACCUCACGAAGGAAAUUCCAAACGGAAGUCAAACCAAAAAAAUGAUAGAAGUGAGCAGGCAGAAUCAAAACGUGCCACGAAAGGGAGACAACUACCUCACUCCCAGUAACACCCCUUUUGGAAAAAACUCCUACAGUGUAGGUUAUACCGACCCGACUUUCCCAGACAAACAGACAGAGCAAAAUAUCCACAUGGGAAAAUCACACCAAUCAGUUUUUCUCUUUAACGAUAUAAACCACAGUGUCAUGAGAGAAGCAGAAAUUGGAACAAAUGAUCGAUCACGUUUGGGAAGCUUCGAAGGGGAUAAUCAAAUGCAGACCUAUGGAGAAGUGAGAGGAGAUAACCCUAUUGGUAGGAACUCCAACUGUGGAAUUCCGAAUCCCAGGAGAGAAUACCGUUAUGAAAGCUACACAAAGGAAGAGCCUAAUGAGAAAGGAAACUACUGUAGUGCAAAAAAAGCAGCCACUGAACAAAAUAUUGUCAAGCUACUCACAAAAUUUACAAAACUUAUUGCCAAAACAUACAUGAUAGAAACGGAAAAUAAUUUCUACACCCCUACGGACAGAGUAAACAUUUGCAGAUUCUUUUUGAGAGUUUUUCAAUCGAUAUUAAUACCAAAGUAUAAAAAUUUAUUGGGAAAAAUUUUGAAGUUUUUUUUUUUCUACUUAUUAAAAUACCUCAUAUAUUUUAACCAUGGUGAUGCAUUUCAUUUCUGUAUUAAGAAAUUACUCCAGAAGGAUGGUACCUCCAAAAAGAAUCGGCAAUCAGAAAGAAACAACCCUUUUGGUUAUUCCCUCCUUCCAUACAUCGCAGAGUUUGCAGAGAGGGAAAGGGCGGCAACUCAUUUUAGCAGUACCAACGUGGUGUGCAACCAGACAAGCAGUAAUGUGCACCUGAGCCGACAUAGAAACGAAAUGCUCCGCAUGAAGCAACUGAGUGAUAAUGAUUUAUACCCAAAUGACUACCUCGACGAGGAUGAGCGCGUGUUUAGCUCGCUUAGUAAUUACCUCAACAGAUUUAGGGACACGGAGGAGCACGAAGAGAGCGACGAGCAAGGGGGGGAGCAGCCAUCCGAUCAGAAGAGAGAUGGCGAAAGGUCGCAUGGUCAGACAAGGGACCGAUCGGGGGGCUCCUUUCCAAAAGGAGACAAAGGGGACGAUCCAAGCUGCACAGGCAAAAAAGGCCUCCCCAUCCAGCGUCAUCGUAUGACCCACCCAAGUGUAGCCGAUCAAGGGGAAAGUGCCACCGAAGGGGACCUGGACAAAAAACCUAAACGAAAAAGUAAAGGAGAUAUGAAAAAAGGAAAAGAAGAAAAAAAACACACAGAGGGUAAUAAGGAGGACGAAGAUGAAGCCACCCCAAAUGAUAGCAACAAAGACAUCACAGGGGAUGGCAAAAGCGCGGAGAGUGUAUUUGAACAAGCGGAGGAAUUACCCCCCUCGCACGUGCACUCCAACGACAUGGAUCAAAAUGGAGCCUGUGGAAAGCCCCCCGACGAGAGGACAGACAUCACUCCGGGAUCAGAUGCACUUCAACUGAAAAAUCCCAAAAAGAGAAAAAAGAAAAAAAAAAACGAAGAAAGGAAGGAUGAGGGGGAAGAUGCAGAGGACUCACAAGAAGAACAAUCCACGAUAAGGAGCGUAUGUUCAUGCAAACAUGCAAACAUAAUCGAUGCUACAAAAAACAUAAAGAAGGGUAGCAAAAAGAGAAACGACAACGAUUUAUCAUACCUGUACAAACACAUAGACAAAAUAAAUAAAAAACUUCUAUCGAGGGAAGAUUACGAUUUGCUAAUAAGCAUCCUCUACUGCAAUGAGUAUUCCAGGGGAUCCAAAUAUAUAACCAUGAUAACGGUUAUUAUUAACAUUUUUUCGGUCCUGCUGUGCAACUAUAAUGAUGAGAUCUUCCGCUUCCUCUGCACGAACAUAUACGGAGUGAAUAUAAAUGGAAGCCUAAAUGAUCACAACAUUUACUGCCACCACGCUUUGCAUAAUCAGCUGUAUGACAUCUCCUUUGCUCAGUUAAUCUACUUCAUGUUGAUAUUUUUGUAUAAGAUUUUUUAUCAGCCCUGCGCAGAUGGCAUAGAUAAUUGGAUGGAAAACGGGAACGAUCUGGUGGGGGACAAGGGAAGGAGAGAGCCUAUAGCGAGGGGGGAACCCAACCCAGGCGAAGAACCAGGCGAAGAACCAGGCGAAGAACCAGAAGAAUGCCAAGAAAGGUGUCAAAAAGAAGGACACAUCAAUUUGGACAACAAUAACAGCGAUCAGGACUACUCCCUUAGAGGGCACCUCAACAAAGCGGAUCGCUCAAACACGAACCUGAGAUCCUACCGUUACGAAAAAAAGUAUGUGAACAAUUCGUACAAGGACCUCUACGACAAUUACAUCAUUUCCUACAUGCAACAGGAAAGUAACGAGAUGAACCACCUGAAUAAUCUCCCGAACAAAAACAAUUUAGUACCAAAUUUAAUGCCAAACUUAGUCCCCAAUUUAGUGCCAAACUUAGUCCCCAAUUUAGUACCAAAUUUAAUCCCAUAUGAUCUUCAAAUAUUUAAAAAUAUUUUCUUAGUCUUUCAUAAGACAUUAAAAAAUUAUUUAUUUUGCUACAUGCAUUGUUGGAAUGACGUAAAAACUUUGCUCGAAUAUUUUUUGCAAUCAGAAAAUGUGCAUAUAAAAAUUAUUUCCAUUAAGAUAGUGAUAGAUAUUUUUAGCUUUAUCAACUCAUACUAUGAGGUUAACUGCAGUGAGUACGAACUGCCGAUUUACAGACAUAAGGAUGAAUGUAAGAAUGAUAACAUAUUUAAUAACACUGAGUCGAAGGAGAGGGAGUGGGACAACUGCAGGGGGGGACACACGCUGCGUUCCCAGUUGGAUGGAGGAGAAGAAGAAUUACCCCCGUGCGAUGAACUGUGUAGGAAGAAGCGACCCGACAGGGGUAUGUUUAAAACUGGUUUCAGACAUGGUGUGCAGAGAUCACCCUAUGGAAGUGUGCACAGCCGCUUCUCGAGUGCGGAGGGAGUCAGACAUGUAAGCCCCCACUGGAGUGACUCCAAGGGGGGGGAGGCUCCUUUGGCGAGGGACACCUCAAUUAGGGACACCUCAAUUAGGGCCACCUCAAUCGGGAACAACUCAAUUAGGGCCACCUCAAUCGGGAACACCUCAAUUAGGGACACCCCCUCAAGGCGCACUUCCAACCGCUUGGUCAGCCCCCCGAAGGAAGCAUCGACUGGAAGCGAUUCCAAACAUGCGGAAGAUCACAUGCAAAAAAGGGUCUCCCCCGAGCGAAGCACAAACGGUACGCUCGACCAGCACCACAGCGAAGCAACCGAAAUGAGCAAGCAGAAACAAUUCGUGCAGCUCGUCGAAAGCGACAUGAUCGACCUCUUCCGAAAGUACAUUCUGAUCCACAUCCACAACAUAAAUAAAAUACACAAUGAUAUCACAAACAGAAGAAGCAAACUCAAGCAUAUUUUUCUAAACACAAUCAUCUGCAUCUCUCAUUUAAGUUAUACAGGAUUUAAAAUCCUAACAGUUGAAGACAUCCAACGAUUGACAAAGCUUGUCUCCUCCUGUGUCCAUAGCAUUAAAUGUAAUAUCAUUACCGCCCUUAGCAAAUAUAUUAUCAAAUACAUUUUUACCUUUAAUAAAAAAUUUAUUCAGAAUUAUGAAAAGAGGAUAAACUUGCUCCAUAUAAAUUCAACCAAUGUGUACUAUAAUAAUAUCCUCACCACGGCAGCGGGCUUGUCUGGGGUGUUUGUCCCAGGGGGGGGAGGCGCCACAGGUCAGAGCGGCAUCAGUUACGCCUCGAAAAGGGGUCCUCAAAAAAGUGCUUCUCAAAAUAGUGGCUCUCAAAAAAGUGCUUCUCAAAAAAGUGGCCCUCAAAAAAGUGCCUCUCUAAAAAGUGCUUCUCAAAAUAGUGGCUCUCCAAAAAACGACCUGCAAAAGAACCUCAAAUGCAACGGCCACUGCGAAGCGAACCCUCCAAAUGUAUCUCCCCGCAACAGCUCACACACAUCUGAGCUAAAGCAUAAAACGAAGAUGUGUACAAGUAUAACCACACGUGGUGUCACCUCCCCACAGAUAAACGACACAUCUGCAAACAUUUUCAUACAUUCGACCCCCACGGACAUGAGUUCCGAACGAGUGAAUGGAAGGUGGAAGGUAUGUCCUGUUCUUAUCGAAGAAGAAGCAAAGAUUAGGAAAGAUGACUCCCCUGGUAAUGCCUCUCCGAAUGACGAGAAUUACACCCACGAAGGAUGGAAUGAUAAAAAAGAUUUGCUUGAAGAUGUAGAGAGGGUCCCCACCCGUUCAACCAUGUACAACUCGGAGCAAGCCCCCAACCACAGCAGCAGUGGUAGAAGUAGUAAUAGCAACACGGAAAGGAUGACACGUGAAUUGAGUCUACUGGGUACACACUCAGGGUGUAUAAUGCUAAUGGAAAACUCGAAAGAGCCCAAUCCAUAUGAACACUCAUCGGAUGUGACUCCCUACUCAAGGGACACCACCAUUUCUGCAAAGAUAGGUGUGUUAAACGCAGUUGCACAGAAGGAACAAAAAACACUACCGCAGCAGCAGCAGCAGAAGAAGAAGCAAGGGAAAGAGAACCACGUACGCUGCAUCAGUAUAGCUGACUCAACAUGUAAAUGCUCGCGUGGAAAUCCCAUGCUGGAAGAACAAACAGCCAGAAUGAUCAACCCAAGGGGGAGCAACGCAGACGAAAUGGCCAAAAAAAAUUCGGACAAACUUACUUGCACUCAAAAAGAAGACGACGACAAGGAUAUGGGUAAGGAUAAAGAUAUGGAGCGGUUCCCACCCAGCUGCUUAACCAAAAUGGCGACGAAUACGAGAAAUGUCAAUAAAGAAAAAAUGAGCGAAUUGUGUGGAUUGCUGAAGAGGCAAAACGGAAGCGAGGAUCCCGAGUGGGAGGGAUUGAAGAAACAUGAGGACUGUCAAAGCGAGAUGAACAGCCAGGUGAAGGAGAUUAACACACAGCGUAACAACAAAGAGGUUUUACUUCCAACCAGUUGUGAAAUUAGCGAGUCGAAAAAAAACAUCGAAAAUGUCACUGCGCAAGGUAGAACAAGGGACACAUGUCUAAUCGGUUCCCUCCACGUGUACGAAAACGACGAAGGGGACGAACCCUUAUCAACGGACUCCCUGGACAGACAAAGGAAAGACGAUUACAUACUACAAAAGCAAAGAAGCGAAAGGAAAUUGUUCGAGCUGUACUAUAUAUACAUCUACAUCAUCAUUCACAUUAUCAAAUUUUACAACGAUUCCUUUGUAGACCUCAAAUACUACACAUACAACUGCAUAUGUGAAAUCGCUAGUUCCUAUGUCCCCUUUUAUUUUACUCAAAACAAUAUCAAAACCUUUUCCUACUACAGUAACUACAACAGUAAAGAGAACAAGGACAUUAACAAGUUUAUCAGUUUUAUUAAUGGCAUUCAGUUGUCCUCAGACGUAAAUGAGCUGAAGUUAUUUCGCCUGGGGGGGGAGAGCAAUACGCCAAGUGGGGACACGGUUACGGGUGAGUUCCUCCAGUGCAACCACCACACACAUGUGAGUGCAGCGGAGGGUUCUUUUCACAAAGGGGUAACUUGCACCACCUCCAGCAGCAAUAACACGACGGCUAGUAGCAGCUGCGCGAGCGGGAGGGGUGCGUCCUGCAAAGAUUCUCCGAGCAGAGUUUCCCCGUGCAAAGUUACGCCGUGCUCAGUUUCGCCGUGCAGAGGUCCGUCAAGCGACGCAGGGAGUAGCCCCACCCUGGGCAACCACCCGAGUGGCAUCACUGCCAACAACGCGGAAAACCUGCAUGAACAAUUCUCAAACAACAUAUACCUCAUUUCCUACAUCGAGUACAUCUACAUACUGCUCCUGAUCAUCCGAGAAAACAAAAACGUAGAGAAGGACCGGGCCAUCUGUUGCAUCAUUAGGUACGUAGGAUUUAUAUGCAAAAAUAUUAACUUCUUUUUAUUCAAUUCGAUCAGUUUGUUGCCACCGACGUUUCUCUUGAAAUAUUUCAUGUACCUGAAUAAUUUGAUCGAGAAGAAGGGGCUUCUCGGGGGAGGACUACUCUCCAAAGUUGGACGUACACGCAGCAAAGGGUCUUCACACGGCGAUGCCAACACCGGUGCUGUGGCGAACGAGGAAGACGCGUCGAAGGGGAAAGAGCACUCCGUGUGGGGGGAGGAAGUGCUCGCAAAGAUGAAAACGAAGCUAAGCAGUAGGAACAGAAGCGCUAGCAGUAGGAACAGAAGCGCCAGCAGCAGGAACAGAAGCGCCAGCAGCAGGAACAGAAGCGCCAGCAGUAGGAACAGAAGCUCCAGUAGCAGGAACAGAAGCGCUAGCAACAGGAACAGAAACGCUAGCAGCAGAAGCACCGGUGUCUUCUUGACGAUCGGCACCAAGGUGAGCCCCCCUGCCAAUGCACACCAAGGUGGACCCCCCCACGGGCAGGCGUCCAUCGAGGUAGCGACCUGCGACGAGCAGAGGAGCAACUCGGGAAUGAAGUCAACGCAGAGGAGCAACUCGGAAGCGAAGUCAACGGAGAAGACAACGCAGAGGAGCAACUCGGAAGCGAAGUCAACGGAGAAGACAACGCAGAGGAGCAACUGGGAAAUGAAGCCCACGCAGAAGCGCAAACUGUAUCACUUGUUCCUAAACGUCUACGUAAAGUAUGAGUACAAUUUUGAAGACAGCUUUUUUUCGUGCAGCGGGGGCGCAGCAAAGUGGGAGGAGUCAGACGGGGAGAAGGGAAUACCCACGAGGAUGGCUAGUUCGAACGAGGAUCCCACCCAACGGUGUGAGCCCCGCGAAGGGGGUAGAAGGAAGAAGAAGAAAAAGAAGGGGAACACUUCCCAGGAGGAGGAGAAGAAGGGGAACGCUUCCCAGGAGGAGGAGAAGAAGGGGAACGCUUCCCAGGAGGAGAAGAAGGGGAACGCUUCCCAAGAGGAGAGGAAGGGGAACGCUUCCCAAGAGGAGGAGCCAGGUCGGGGGCAGAACACCUCAAUACAUGACCCCCCGAAACAACUCAUCGUGGAACUGCAUAACGAGGAAUAUAGCACCGAUGAACUACAGAACUCGAAACAGACCCCCCAGGAACUACUCAACCCGGAGCAUCUCUUCCAAGGGUACUCCGAAAAGAGGGAGGAAAAAGUUCAUGCGGACCCUAUCGUCAUAGAAAUAAAGGAUAUUUUCCACUCGAGCAGAAGCAAAAGUAACCAAAUAAACAAAGCGAACAAUAAUGUGGACGCAAAAAUUAUUCUCUACCUUCUAUCCAUCGUAAAGAAUCACAUAAAAAACAAAAUCACAUGGAAUGUCCUAUACGCUUUCAAACUGAUAUACAACAAUUUCUCCUUCUUCUUGGCCCAUAACUUUGCCGAAUUACAUAGCCAAAUUCUGGACCACUUAAUAAGUACACUAAGAUACACAAAUGUAUAUAAAAUAAAAAUCCUAUCCUCUUUGGCAUUGAUCCAUAUCCCUCUAUACUACAACAUCGACAAAAUAAAGUUGAAAGAAUUAUGGGAUACACUCGUAACUAAUAUCUCUUAUUUGGAUUUAAUUUUCGUUAGUGAUAAAUCUAAUACUAAUCAGUUGGUGUGCUACUACGAUAAGGGAUUAAAUUAUCUCACCAUAAGUAAAAAAACGGAGUAUAAAUAUAAAUGUACUCUUAGAGUAAAUAUAUGCGAACUGUUAUACAUGUGUAUCUACAGGUCUUACGUCCAUGCAAACAUAAAUGCUGACAUCGAAAUUCAGAAUAGGAGAGUCAAUUGCUAUGAGGCCUUCAAAAAUUACACACACAUUUUUAACAUUAACAACGACGUGCAUAUUUAUAACCUGACUCAUAUAUUUAACAACCAUGUAAUUUACUACUCUUUUUAUAAUAAUGUUGUGUCCCCCAGAAAAUUAUCACCUGAUGCCUUCUCAGGAGGAGGGGGAGAAGUUCCUACAAAUGGGAGAGUUAGAGGGAAGAAGAAGAAGAAAAAAAAGGACGAAAAGGAAGAAAAAUUCAACCACCAUGAUACAUUCGAACUGCAACUAUUUCUGAACAACCACUUUGAUAAGUAUCAUUUUGUUUACAAAAAUUUAUUGGGGACCGGGAAAAACCCCAUUUUUCAAAUCCUCUUCCAGAAGCUGCACUACGAAAUUAAGUUAUCCCUAAAGCGCUUCCUCGAGAAGAAGAAGCUCACCAGUUUGAAACACCCCAGGGGGGUGAGCAGCUAA